AUGCCGCAAGCAUCGGGCGAACUCGACAUGGCCCUAGUACCUAGUGUCCAAGGUUACAUUGGAAAGCUACCACAGGAGCUGCGGCUCCAGAUGCCAGACCAAGCGCUCAAGAACCUUGGGCUGGCCAACAAACGAUGGCGAAAGUCUAGUUCGACUGUGCUCUGGAAGACUUUCAGCUCCCAUCUCCAGGAACGAGGUCGCAAUUUCGACGCGCUACUCUUAUCUCCACCUAACGGAUUUCUCGACAACGUCAAGAAUCUUAAGAUUACUAUGUCUUCCGGGUUUUCCGAGAGGGUGCUGCAGCUGAUCGCUGUCCUGGCCCAAAACACACUACGCAGCGUGGAGCUAUCGAUCGUGGACCCCAGGACAUUGGGCCUUUUGAUUCGUUCUCAAAAUUUUAUUGAAGAGCUUGCGUAUCAGCAGCCUGCAAAGCAGCUUGGCUGUGGCUGUCCGGACUCUCGUUAUCUUGUAGGCAACUUGCAAAAGCUUCGGAAAUUGACCAUUACACCCGCCGACGACGACGACUUUAGUGCGUGGCUUCUCAACAUACCAGCUUUGGAGACCCUUAAUAUUGCAUGCUACAACAGCGGUUCCAAUCGAUCCAAUCCCGAACUACGACAGCUGGCUUCUCUUAAAAGGUGGCAAUGUCCUAGUACUUUCAUACCUCUGAAGCUUCGACACCUUCGCCUGUCGUACGUCAACCUAUUCGAUGGCCCUUACCAUCUGGGGAAGAUCACUCAUCUCCAGUCUCUUGCAGAUCUUGAGAUACGCUACUGUAUCAAUGUCUCGUCCUUUUUAGAGCAUUUGAGCAUUGAAUACUCCGCACUGGACAGCUUCGUUUUGAAGUCGCUGUGUCUGAUACAAUCCUUCCAAGAACCAAACUUAGUCAAGUCCUUAGAUCAGUUUAUCGGGUGCUUUUCAGGCCUGGAGAGGCUGUUUGUCGCGAUUCGAAACCCCCAGCAUGUCAAUGUGGAGAAGAUAUGUCAACACGGACAAACUCUACGACUUCUCCACUUGGAUCCGUUGUAUCGUCCACAUAGCCUUCCGCUAUCCGAAGCUGGGGGUCACUGCUACACGGCUAGCGAGCUCGAGACACUUCUGGUCGGAUGUCCAAGGAUAGAGGAGCUCGGUAUUCAUAUCGCUGCUAUCGACAUCAGGUCUAUGACCAGUGGCGUACCAUUCCUGUUUCCUCGGAAUGAAGACCUUGCAAAGGCAUUGGACGUGAUAGCCCGAUUUCCUCUGCUUCGCAGCUUACGCCUUACCCAUUUGCUAGCACUGGACGAAAAUAUUGAAUUCUUUAAUCCAGUUGAACACGCGGUGCAAUACAGUCAGUUGGCGACCGAGGUCCUACGAUACCUAGUAGCGCGAAGUUCGCACGUCGAGAUUUACGCUACCAGUCCUACAGUCCCCCCGGAUUACCUUGAUGCACAGGACUUCCAUGGUCAUCAGUGGCCUCACUACUACUACGUACGCGGAUCAAUGACCUUACCGUUCCGCGGCCAGCACCGUACCGAAGUCGUGGCGGUAGCAGUCAGGGAAGAGGAUAUCGCAGGCUACGUUCGGCGUCCAUCAAUCUUAUAUAGGAAGGAACCGACCGAUGAAGUAAUAUGGUAG